CUUCACAGAACACCGACGUCCACGCUACACGAUCGUACAACCCAUCAGCAAGCCCCAGAGACUUGCUGAACAUCAUCCAAUCUCGCAAAUAUGGUCAAGAAGCGAGCGUCGAACGGACGCAACAAGAAGGGCCGUGGCCACGUCAAGCCGAUCAGAUGCUCCAACUGCUCGCGAUGCACACCCAAAGAUAAGGCGAUCAAGAGAUUCACGAUCAGGAACAUGGUCGAAUCCGCAGCCAUCCGUGAUAUCUCCGACGCCUCCGUCUUCGCCGAAUACUCCGUCCCCAAGAUGUACUUGAAGUUGCAGUACUGCGUCUCGUGCGCGAUCCACGGAAAGAUUGUUCGUGUCCGCUCGCGCGAAGGUCGCCGCAACCGCGCUCCCCCUCCCCGAGUGAGGUACAACAAGGACGGCAAGAAGGUGAACCCACAGCAAGCAGCCGCACAAGCCGCUGGAGGUGCGGCCAGAUAAAAGGUGGAAGAAGCAUGGUUGGGGAGCCAAGGCUGACGGUCAUCCGAACACAUCAUUGCAUCGAAUUCCGAGCGGAGGUGGGAAGGAGGGUGGCCUGGCUGUGUUGCAAUUGAACAAUCAGCCCAGCUUUGUCAAGACGUAGGAGAGAUUCUAAUCAAAGAGCACUUUC